UGUAAUUUCGAAUUUCUACGGUCGCAAUGAGUGGAGCUCUCGGGGAUGCAGUGUCCGAGUACCUGGAGCGGGGCUUGGUGCUAGUAGUAGCGGACCUUCUUAGCCUAAUAACGGUCUCAUCCUGCCUAGUGAUCAAGGUGCCGCAGAUAAAUACAAUACGAGCAAACGAGUCCUCGAAAGGCAUAAGCGUGUUAGGACUAUGUCUGGAGCUAUUCAGUUAUACAGUGAUGCUUUCCUAUAACUACUCCAGUGGUUAUGACUUUCUCUCGUACAUGGAGUAUCCUGUUUUGCUGCUGCAGGAGUACGUCUUGAUUUACUACGCUUUCAAGUACCAGGAUUUAUUGGGCAAGAGAACUCAGAUUGUGGCCGUUCUUUAUAGUAUAGUGGCCACUCUCAUCUACCUGAAGCUCUUUCCUAUUAUCAUCCUUACGUUCCUAGUGCCUUUUUGCACACCAAUUGGAGCCACGAGCAAGGUUCUGCAGCUGCUGGCCAUUCUAAGAACCAAGGAUGCCAGCUCAGUUAGUAGAACCACAUGGGCACUUUCCGCUUUUACAAACAUGACUCGAAUAUACACAGUAUUCUUCCAAUCACACGACUGGAUGUUGCUGUCCAAUUUCCUGAUUUCCACGUUCCUUAGCGCCUCCGUUUUCGCCGCCGCUUGUUUCUACAAGAAGAAGGCCAAGGCAGAAUAAUUGGCUAGCCUGAUUAGAAGAGCUCAACAUAGACAAUCAUUGCGCUGGCUUCAAAUGCUUAUCAGUCAUUUUUUUAGUUCUAUUUGCUAAACUGUUUAAAUUGAUAUUACAAAUUCUUGUUUGAA